CCUCGUCGUCUUACUUUGAAAAAAGCAGUGGUAUACACAAAUCAGGAGUCAGGUCCGUUUGUCACCCAGAGAUAGAGAGAGAGAGAUAGAGAUCAAAAUUCACAGCACAGUCAAAAUUUCUCUACUUCACCAUCAAAUACCUUGCUUCUCUCUCUCUCUUCUCUCCUAUUCAAUUUUUACUGUUUUUACAUUUGUAUUUCUUGAUUUCAGUCAGUUAUCAUUUAAAGGAGAAUGGAUAGUGACGGCGCUCAGAAAAUUUCUGGGGCAGAUCUGGCUGAAGGUUCAGAGACGACUAUUGAAAUAAAAUUAAAAACUUUGGACUCACAAACCUAUACUUUAAGGGUGGAUAAACAGAUGCCUGUUCCUGCUUUAAAAGAACAGGUUGCCUCUGUCACUGGUGUGUUAUCAGAGCAACAACGUCUAAUAUGCCGCGGAAAAGUCUUAAAGGAUGAUCAACUGCUCUCUGCUUAUCAUGUUGAAGAUGGGCACACCUUACAUCUGGUGGUCAGGCAACCUGCAAUUGCAUCAUCCGAUGGCUUACCCAACCAUUCAGCAAGUGAUCCUGCUUCAAAUGCAAGCCGCGGUCAUGUGGCCCCUAGUGUUGUUAUAGAAACUUUCAGCAUGCCUGACCAUGGAGAUAAUGUUCCGCCAGAAAUCAGUAGGAUUGUUUCUGCUGUUCUCGGUUCUUUUGGAUUUUCAAAUUUUGGAAGUGGCAGCGAAGGCAUUGAUCUCUUAAGGGAGCGUGCCCAACAUAGAUCAACAGGUGCUGGUGGUACACCAGAAGUGGCCCAAGUACAAACUGAACAAGCUGGCAGCAGGGUUCAGUCUGAUGGAUCACAAAGUGCUUUUGGCCUUCCAACGGCAGUUUCUUUGGGGUCUCUACAUCCACCUGUCAUUCUUGAUUCCUUGACAACUUUGUCACAGUACCUGAAUCAUAUGAGACGCGAAGUCAUUGCUAUUGAGACAGGCGGAGAAAAUAUUAUUCAAGGAGAUGCCGCGCAGAGGACUGAGCAAAGAGAUAAUUCUACAUCAAGAUCAGGAACCGUACAAGAGAGGCUACCAACCCCUGCAUCCUUGGCCGAAGUGAUAAUGUCCAGUAGACAAUUCAUGAACGAACAAUUUGCAGAGUGUUUACAACAACUUGCGAGGCAACUUGAGAAUGAGGUAAAUGUUACUGAUGCAGCAACACGGUUGAGCACUCAGUCUGAUGCUUGGAGGACUGGAGUUCAACUUCAUAAUCUAGGUGCAUUUCUGCUUGAACUUGGACGUACAACGAUGACUCUACGAUUAGGUCAAGCACCGUCAGAAGCUGUGGUUAAUGCUGGUCCGGCAGUUUUCAUAAAUUCAUCUGGUCCUAAUCCUCUUAUGGUUCAGCCUCUCCCUUUUCAAUCAGGAACUCACUUUGGUGCCAUCCCUGCGGGAUCUGUACAGACUGGUUCUGGUAUGGUUAAUGGUAUAGGUACUGGGUUUCUUCCAAGGCGCAUUGAUAUCCAAAUUCGAAGAGGUUCUUCAAUGGCUUCACCAAAUAUUACUCGUGAUGAACGGGGUGAUACUCAGCAGCCUUCAGGGCAGAGAAAUCCAGGAACAGAUUCUGGCGGUGAAAAUCUUGGUAAUCAAACAACAUCGAGGGCCACCGAGAUUUCAUCUCUUGCUGGAGAGUCUGGAGUAAGGGUUGUGCCAAUCAGGACUAUGGUUGCAACAAUGCCAGGUCCAUUCAGCCGCCUUCCUUCUGAUUCUUCAAGUAAUUCUAUAGGAUUAUAUUAUCCUGUUGUUGGAAGAUUCCAACACGUGGCUUCACAAGUGACUGGUGCGCGGGGAUCUCAAGCACCUGGUGAGCACAAUCCUGCUGGUGUCCAAACUGAGCUGCAGUCAACUACUGAACCUGCUGUGCAGCUGUCAAAUGCUGAACAGCGCACAAGAGAUGGAUCAUUGCCAAAUUCCAACUUAAGACAACAGGGACCUUCUAGUACUCGCAAUAUAAAUAUCAACAUUGUGGCUGCUGGUGGGACUCAAAACAAUCCUGAAUCCGAGAGACAAAACAGUAUUUUGCAGCUUCUAAGGAAUCUCCUGCCAGGUGGGGAAAUCAAUGUGGAGGGAGCAGGUCUACAGGGAGCAGCUGCCGGUUCAAGCCCUGGCAAUACAGAGGCAUUCACUGCUCCUGCAGAAUCACAAUCAGCCCCUACUGAUGAAGGGAUUUUUUUGUCUAAUUUACUUCGUGAAAUUAUGCCCGUCAUAUCUCAACGUGGAGUUGCAGAAGCACGUGCUAAUUCUGAACAUGCUUCUGAUCAUCAAAUGGUUCAAGACUCUUCUACCCAGGCUGAAGCCUCUAAUGCUGGGUCAACUCGUCGCCAUAGUGAUACUGAACCUACCUCUCCAAAUUCAAAACGCCAGAAGAGAGAGUAAGUUGACAUGAAGAAAACAAGUUGAACAAUACUUUUGUGAUUAAUGAUGGCAGAGGGCUCUAUAGAUAAUGCAUUUGUUCUACAGGUGAAUACCAGAUUGUCUUAUAUUGUCAAAUGUAGUGUAUUCUGUUUACUGGUUUUCAUUUAUUUUUUAAAUCAUCGCAAACAGGAAGGCGUGAGAUAUCAUAAGUUAAUAGGCAUUUUCUUUGAGAGGAAACGAUUGUUUUCUUCUAUAAAUUGUAUCAUUCUAGGCUUUUAGCACUUGCAUUGCGUUUGGACUGGAUUCUAUCUUCUAGAGGUUUACAUAUAUUAUAUUGAAGAUUGCUUCUUUCUCC